AUGGCGGACGAAGAAAUGGAAGAUGACUUUGAUCGAGAACGUAAGAGUUUAAUUACGUAUAAAGAAGAAUCAUUUAUAGAAAGACAAUCAAAAGUUGAAAGUUUACCAGAGAUAGAAGAUGUCAAGAUCGAAGAUGAGAAGUAUUUAACCAUUGACGAAAAUGAAGAGCGAAUAAAUACUGAGAACGAUAAGGAAGAAAUCGAAUCACCAUUAUCGAAAGAUCUGGGAGACGUGUCGCUGAAAAAGAAUGAUGCGACCAAUCGAAAAUUUCGAAAUAUUAUAGGAAAACGAGAAUCGAGGAAAGAAGAAUUAGAAAAACUCGAAGGAGAUCUUCGACAACGUCUUGACGUAUUGGAAUGUUCGAUGCCAGCUGUUAUGGUCUGGAAUGUAUGGCAACAUAUGUCCCAGGGUAGUCCAAUACCAAAUCUUCAUCGGCUUAUGGAGAAACAAUUUCGAACUCCAGCUGCCGGUGAAGUUUGUUGUCCGAGUACACCGAGCCGGCAUUAUGACUGUCGAGUACGUGAGAUAGAAGCAGAAAGGAAAGCAGCUCAGAGGAGACUCGAUGAAGCUAGGGUAAUGUGGUUGGAAAAGGAAGUCAAGCUGAAAGAACGUAGAGAGAAAUUGGAGGACGCUAAGAGAAUUCAAAAGGAACGUAAGGAAAAGAUCGAACGUUUGACGAACGAAGCGAAGGAAUUGAGAGAGGCGUUAAAGAAGAUGAACGAGGAGGCUGAAGAGGGGAUGGCUAGUUUCUGCGAGUCAGGUGAAUGCGGUGAUAUACAGUGUCGCGAAAGAUGGUUACGCGGAGUAAACAGCGUCGAUUCGAUUAAGGCAAGUGACGUCGAGUGUUUGGCUCGUCUUCGAGAAUUGGCUGAAAAUGAAUUGACGAUGAAAAAGCAAAUCGCCGAAUUGGAACGCCGAGAGGAAACUUACAUGAGAACACUUCAACAUGCCGACGAAAUGUGGUCGAAGAUGGAAGGGGACACCGCUGAUACAAUGAGCGCUUUACAAAUGCAACUCGAUACGAAAACCAAAACGAAUCAACAGUUGGCGUCUCGUAUAUGCGAACUUGAGGAUGAACUUGAAAAGUUAAGGGCUAAGAUGGCCCUAUGCAAAUCGGAAUUGACAAAAUACGUAAGCGUGGAAAGGAUCGAGACGAUUAUAGGUAGCGAGGACGAUUUCGCAAAAACAACGGAUAAAAUGGUUGGAAUCAGGCCAAAAAUCGCUGACAAGGCCAUCGAAAAGGAAUACGAUGUAUUCGAUAAAGAGAUUCUUAUGAAAGUUGAUGUUGAAGAUAAAGAAGUGAGUAUCGAUGUUGAGAAACCAAUUGAAUUUAUGGAAUCAGAGGAUGAAGAAACGAUUAUCGAUGCUAAAAAACCAAUUGAAUUUAUGGAAGCAGAGGAUGAAGAAGCGAUUAUCGAUGCUGAGAAACCAACUGAAUUAAUGAAGCCAGAGGAUGAAGAAUUUAUGGAAGCAGAGGAUGAAGAAGCGAUUAUCGAUCGUGAGAAACCAAUUAAACUUAAAGAUCUAAAAGAAACAGAAGUGGAUAUUGAUAUUGAUGAUAUUGAUAUUGAGAAACCAACUAAACCUAUUGAACCAGAGAAAAUGGAUGCAAUUCACAAGUACUUGUCUAUGUUAGGCUCUUUAGACGAACUAUAUUACGACGAUGAUUAUGGUAUCUGUAGUCCAGAAUACGAAUGCUACGAAGAUUGGCAGGAACCUGAAAUUGACGAAGAACAACCUUCGAUCGUUCAUCCUGACUUUCCUCCAAUAAUUACUGAAAAAGUCGUUCCUACCGAUGAUAUAAAAGAAAAGCUAAAAGAUUUGAAACAAAUCGAUGAUAAAGAGGAAAAAGAUGAAACUUACGAAGACAUUGACGAAAAAAUGAAAGAACCCGAACAAGUUGAAGAAAAAGUUGAUGUACCUGAACUUAAAGCUGCAAUCGAUAAGGACAGUGCCAACGUACCAUUGAUUAAACUUCGAUCAUGGUUCUAUACCGUCGAUUCGAUUCGUUCCGUCAUAUCAAAAUGUCCUACGUGCUCCGUCGUAAAACUCGAUGUAGAUACUUUGAUCGAAGAUAUUGGAAAAUAUGCAGAAGUUGAUGCUACAGAAAUAACAUUAAAGUUAACAAUCGAAGUGGAAGCGGACAAGAAGGAACCAAUUGUAGAUGAACUAAAGAAAGAAGUUGUGCCUGAAAUUAUGGAAGAAGUAAUAUCUCCAGAGGAUAUAAUAAGAAAAAUUGAAAUAGAACCAGAAAGAGAAAUUUUGUCAGAUUUGGUAAAGAAACCAAUCGAAGAAAUCAAAGAAGAAAUAUCUAUGAUGGUUGAAGAGAAACCUAAGAUCGAGGAAGCUGAAGUCGUGAAACCUAUAAUUACAGAAGUACUUCCAAAAGUAAUAAAAGAGAAGGACAAAGUUGAAUUAAUCGUAGAGCCUCCUACAUUAGUGCCUGAUAAAGUAGAUGUUAUUUUUGAGAAACCCAAGGAAGAAAUAACAGAAGAUGCUGACAUUCCAAUUAAAGAACCUGAAAUUGAAUAUGAUAAGUUUAUAGUACCAACAAAGGUAGAGAAGAUGGAAAAAGAUAUUGUGGUAGUAGACGAAGGGAUGAAAGAAAAAAAGGAUUUGGAAGAUGAAACGAAAAUAAUAUUACCUAUUCAAGAAUUAAUCGAUGAAAAGAAAAAGGAGGAUAAAAAAGAUAUCGAACUUACGGAUGAUAUCGAUAAGGAUAUAAUCAAGGAAAUCGUUGAGUUAGAAGAAAAAAUCGAAGAAAUCAAAGUUGAACAUGUAGUUCCUAUCCGAGAAAAACAUGAUAUUGAAGAUGUUGAAAAACUAUUAACAGAGGAAGAAACGAUGGAAGAGAAAAAGAAAGCCGAAGUUGUUGCAGUAAAAGUAGAGGAAUUAGAAGCGAAAGUUCUACCUAAACCAGAGAUCGAAGAGGAAGAGAUAAUCGAACCAUUGUUGAAAAUAAAAUUGGAGAAGGAAGUUCCGUUUGCCGAAGAAAUAUUUGUCGAUGCGAAAACAUUGGAAGAUUUACCAUUGAUAAAGGAUAUCCCGGAAACAUUGAAAUAUGACGAAAUCCCAAUCGAAGAGGAUGUAGAACGAAUAGUAGUAACGGAUAAAAUUCCUGUGGAAGAUAAACCAGAAGAUAUGGAAGAGAUAAAAGAAAUAGAAGCAGAAGUAGAACCAAAAGAAGAAGUGGCAGAAGUAGAACCAAAAGAAGAAGUGGCGGAAGUAGAACCAGAAGAAAUGGUGAAAGUAGAACCAGAAGAAAUGGUAAAAGUAGAACCAGAAGAAGAAGUGACAGAAGUAGAACCAGAAGAAAUGGUGGAAGUAGAACCAGAAGAAAAAGUGACAGAAGUAGAACCAGAAGAAAUGGUGGAAGUAGAACCAGAAGAAAUGGUGAAAGUAGAACCAGAAGAAGAAAUGGUGAAAGUAGAACCAGAAGAAGAAAUGGUGAAAGUAGAACCAGAAGAAGAAGUGGCAGAAGUAGAACCAGAAGAAGAAGUGGCAGAAGUAGAACCAGAAGAAGAAGUGGCAGAAGUAGAACCAGCAGAAGUGAUAAAAGAAAUAAAAAUGGAACCAAUAGAAGAGAUAGAAGAAAUAGAAGAAGUAGAACCAAUAGAAGAAGUAGAAGAAAUAGAAGAAAUAGCAGUGGAACUGAUAAAGGAAUUGAUAGAACCUUCGCUAAUUUCCGUGAAAGAAGAGGAAGAAGAAGAAGAAGAAGAAGAAGAAAUUAAGGAAAAACUUAAAAUACCGAUCGAUCCACGAAUUGUGCCAAUGCCAUAUUUAGCCGUGGCGGAUAUAGAAGAAAUAAAGAAAGAACCCUCGAUCGAUGCUGUAAUUAAAAAGGAGAUGAUACCUUGUGUUUGUAAAAAACCCGAAGAAAUUACGCGACCACCUGUUUUACCGCCAAUGCAAAUCAUUAUCAAUAAGACCGAAAUCGUUCAGACGGUCAUUCAUAAGGGCACUCAGACUAGGGUCGUUCAAUCUACGAAAAUAAAAACGACGGAUCAAAAGUCAACAAGAAUGAAUGAUUCUGAAAUAUCAUCGAAAAAAAUGCAUUGGCAAAAGAGACCAAAAAAUAAAUCGGCCUUACCUUGUUCCCAUGUAAGUUCCCAAACGUCAACGACACAUGAUUCCAUUUCAAGCGAAAAACAACGUUUAUUUAUUAACAUUUUGAAAUCUCUUAAACUUGAUUUAAGUACGGAAGAAAAGAAAAUCAGAUCGAUAAAUUACAGUCAAUUCAAUGUAACGGAUAAAUGCAAUUGUUGCGUUUGCGGAAAAGAUAAUAUUUCUUUUCGAGCAUUCGAUAAACAUUGUAAUCGUACGUUCUUGAAAGAUUUAAAAACGGACGUUCCAAAAAUAGAUCAAAAUGGGCAAGACGAAAGUACAUUGAAAUCUAAUAUCACGGGAAAACUACGAACUUGCAUUCCUUAUAUUUCUCCAAAAAUUUCUAAAGCCAUCGAAGAAAUUUGUGAUCGAGAAAUGUGUACUUGUUCGACGUUGAUUGAAAAAGGUAAGAGAAAUAUUAACAAAUCCGAAAAAAAAGAUCAAUCUUGUUUGGCAAAGAUGUCCAACAAAUUGCCUAAAAUAUGUAAUAACUGUAAUCGAAAAAAAGACGAAGGAAGAUUCAAAGGAACUAUGUAUCAAGAUAAAUUAAUAAAAUGUAAUAUGGCGAAAAUUAAAGAUACGAAGGAUCAAAAGGACCUCGACAAUUCUUCGAAUUGUAUUUGUACGAACGUAGAAAAAAGUCAGAGCGGACGAUUAUUAAAACAAGAAAUUUGUGGUUGCGAAGAAUUAUGAUGUGCGAUUUAAUGACGAUUUAAAAAUAAUAAGAUUAUUGGCCGAGAAUUAUCAGCGGCGGAUAAUAAGUUUCGUUAACUAUAAUAUAAUAAAUCGUCCAAUGGACCAAUCAUGCACGUUAUAAUGAAAAAAAAAGUAAUAAGAUAUUUAAGAAGGCGUUACACCAAUUCAUUUAACGUAAGAAUUCGUAUAAUGAAAGAGCAUUCUGUUUGACGACGUAAAAGAGACGAAUAGAAUAGAAUAGAAUAGAAUAGAAUAGAAUAGAAUAGAAUAGAAUAGAAUAGAACAGAAUAGAAUAGACUAGCAUAGAAAAAAGAUAAGAAAUGAAAUGAAAUGAAAUGAAAUGAAAAAAAAAAAAGAAGAAGAAGAAGAAGAGAAAGGGUAAGAAAAGAAAAGAAAAGAAAAAAAGUAUCUGAAAAGAUAAGAAAGAAGAAUACCAAAUCCCAUAUUCUAAAAGUUAGGUACUUGAAAAUUAUGAUUAUAGAGAAAGAAUAGUAUAAAUAAUAAUAAAAACAACAACAACAAAAAUAAUAAUAAUAAUAAUGCAUCAUGUGCGAAGAAUUGAACAGAUUCUUUCACGGAUUUACAUUUGGUUCAAGGAAAUUCAUGUUUGAAUAAAAUAUAAUAAAGUUCUAAACAAGAAGAACGAGACUACCUCCUCCUCAUCUUCUUCCACCAACCAUCAAACCCCAUCUAACCUCAUCCCAUCUGACCCUACCUGAUCCGUACCAAAGAUGAUAGAUGACGUGUACAUAAAAUAAAGGAAUUGUUCUCAAUUCUUUUCUCAUCCAUCCUCCUUCGAUAAGGAGUAAGAUAUCUUCAACUCACCGUACAUUCGCCAAGGUAUGUCUGCGCGAUCGCAGAUUGUGGUAACCCCUGAGCUCGCCUAUACUCCCCUGUUCGGCCUGCAUCCUGGCUUGCGCCGUUGCGGCUGCAGUGGCAAUCACAUGAUGCUGGUGCCCUGGGGCACCCGCUGUAGUGACGCUCCUGCGAGAACGCCAGCCCGUCCUGCUACCACCACCCCCGCCGCCACUUGGCGUUGGUGAUUUCUUCUGGUAUGGCCUGUAAAAUCAACUGUCACGAAAGAGGAAGGACCCCCCAAAAAAAAGGAAAAAAAAAAAAAAAAGGAACAGAAGGGAACGUGCCCCCCACCCCCUCCACAUUUAAUCGAAUCCAUUGAAGUGGAUUUUCUUGGCUAUCAAAUUUUCACUAAUGGCCCGGAAAGGAGAAUCGUUAUCUUCACGUUGAAUUUGUUUCUUUCCUGAAUGUUUUUAUUUAUUUAUUUAUUUUUUUUUUUUUUUCUUUAUUUCUUUCACCUAUUGGAUCAAAUUAUCGUCCGAAAAAAAAAAAACGAUUAUCAAUUAAUAAUAUAGAUAAUCGCGAUCGAUUCUUGAGAUCGAAGAAUUGUA